AAACCCUAGACCUCAAAUUUCACCAGAACCGAGGAAAUCUGAAGCAGAUAGAUAGAUAGUUAUGUCGGAUAGAGAAGAUAGCGAUUUGGAGGCACCCGAGGAAUUGACAGCCGAUCAGGCUAAGGAACAACACGAGGAUAUAAAGAAAAUCGAGAGAGAAAAUAAGGCCAGGGUUGUCCGUGAAAAAAAAGAACGUCGUAGGCUAUGGGCCCAAAAGUUAACUCCACGACCAUCUAGAAAAGGUGAAAGUAUCCAAGAUGCAGUGGAAGAUGAAAUGCAGCAAGAGUCUGUGGGUAAUGAGGGGAUGCUUCCAGAUGACAUUGUUAAAGUGAUUGCAGCUCGUGAGAAAAAAGUUUUCUUAUCAGACUCGGAGGAUGAGAAGCCUGAGGUAAAGCCCACCAAAAGAAAGAAAAAACCCAAAACCUUGGGGGUAGAAACUAUUAUUUUGAAGGAAAUGAGACCUGCUCAGUGCUUGCAGAAUUCCUUAGAGUUCUUGAAGAAAAGGAAAAUGGAGGUAUCGAGGUCAUCUGCGGUUUUAACCAAUUCCAACCAAGCAUUACGUCUCCUUUCAAAUUCUGGCUUGAUUAAUAAGAAGUGACAAAUUAUUUAUUAUGUCAAUUUGUUAUUAAUCUGUUGUACUGAUACCAUAGUCGUCUUCUCCGCAUGUUUCAUUGUUCUGACGAACAAUUCAAAGUAAAAUUUUGUUGCGAAUUCCAAUUUAGUGCGAGUAAUCACAUUGCUUAACAUGGUGGGGGUCAGAGAUUCAGCCUAACUUGAAUCUAAUAAUAUGUGUUCUUCCAAUUA